GUUCAGUGUGUGCGUGAGUGCGGAGGCGACAGUCGACGAACCGGGAGCCGCAGUAUAUUCCUCGACUUUUUGUCUUAAAAAAACAAACCUUUUUAAAUCUACAACCGGUAAUUAACACCACAUACACUGUUAACACAUACUGUUUCGAGUGUUGCUGAAUGAAAGUGAAUGCUACAGCCGCCUUUACGGCUAAGGCUAAUGCUAAUGCUAAGGAGUAGGCCUCUGCUGUGCUAAAAACCACCCUUUUAGCGGCAUGUUACAUAAUAUAAGGCUCAUUUUACACACAGGCAUCGGGUUUUUUGUGCCAAACUAACGAUUCACGUAAGCUUUACUAAUUAUCCUAAAAGGUUUUAGCGUAAUAGUAGCUCGUUUAAAUUAGCUUUAGCUUUGAGCUUCUUCUUUGUGUUAUGCAACAGUAAAUAACUCGUUGACCGUUGUUGUUUAUGACCUCGACUUGUGCACUAAAUAAACUGGGUUUAUUGUAAUUUGGAAGAAAAAGUAGACUCAAACUUGCCUUCUAGGUUAUUUAAAUCGAAGCUGAAGAUUAUUAAGUGUUGGUGACUUCAUUUUGCACCCGUUUGUAUCAUAUUUUAUUCUUCCUUCCUUCAGUUUAAGCGCAGCUUUUAUGUUAUUUAAGAUGAAUAAAGCUGCUGAAGCCUCUCAGAAACAAGCCAGGCCUGGACUCUCUCAUGCUGCCUCUUUAGUUUCUCUUUGUUGUGGUCUAGAUACUUGAACUACGUAAAUGUGUCUAUAGAUAGAUCAUGUAAUAAGUCAGUGUAGAGACAAUGUGACCUGACCUGGAGCGAGUUGUUGCCGUGUGGAAAUGUCAUCUCUGCUGUAUUUGUGCUGUUUGUCUGUCUCUUAAUAACCCAUUUUCAGUUCUGCGGGGAGUGUUGUUUUUUUUUUUGAUUGAUUUGUAGGUUUAAAACCACCCUCUCUGAGGAUCUUUGGAUGUGGAUAGCUUGUCCCCCUCCCCAAAGCGAAUACAGAAAGUGGCAGAAGAUUUUUUUCCUCCUCUUCAGCCCUAGUAAUCAACAUCUGUAGAUACCCAUUUUUUUUUACCCCCCUCUCCCCACUUCCACUUCCACUGCCAACACCCAAACGCCACCGAGCCCCGAGAAGAAGCUGAGGAUUUUUCAUCCGCCCACCUGCCACCCCACCUUUCUCCACCUUUCUCUACUUUUUUUUUUGGUGCCACACCAAUUUAAGAUUUUUACCCCCCUCUCUUUUUUUUCUUGUCUGGCUAUUUAUGUCCCCCCCCGCCCCCCCGCGCCUAUUUAUUUAUUUCAUUAUUCGCCCCAAAUUGAUAGUAAAGGAAAAAAAAAAAAUACCCAAAGGACUCUAUUGCAUCCGGCAUCCGUAAUGUUUUAGCAGUCUGGCGGAGAUUAAGAUGUCUCAGAGAGUCUCAGAAAAAAAGGGAUGUCGUAGGAAGACGAGUGUCUCUGGGCGACCCACCCCACUUUUCCUCUUAUCUCAUGGAUCAAGUGUUCCUUCAGGACUCUAUACCACCUCGGAGACACCCUACCAGAAGGGCACUGGAGAGGGAGACCCCUUCACAGCCACCUCAGAGCGCGAGUCCUGUUGGCCCUGGAGAGAACCAGCUGCUGGGCUAAAAGCUCAUAACGCCACUAAAAACCGCAGAGCAGUUCUACGAUGACCAACCAUGGAGACGACUGCUAUUUCUUUUACUAUUCCACCUGCACUAAAGGCGACAGCUGCCCCUUCAGACACUGUGAGGCAGCGAUGGGCAACGAGACCGUCUGCAGCCUCUGGCAGGAAGGACGCUGCUUUCGUGCCGUCUGCAAGUUUCGCCACAUGAAAAUCACAAAAAACCGGAAGGAGAUAGCGUGUUACUGGGAGAACCAGCCGGCGGGCUGCCAGAAGGCUCACUGCGCCUUCUCCCACGAAAAGCCACGCUUCAUUGAAGGCAUCUUCAUGCCCCCGGACAAAAGUCUGAACAAGAAUGAGGAAGUGCAACAGGAAGAAACGCCCCCCCCUCCCGCUGCCACCCUCCCCACCACAGCUAAUCCUCAGCUCCGCGGCGUCAUCAAGACGGAAACUCAGGAGCCGGUACCGAGCCCCACCCACCCGCCGGUGGUGAUAAACCCAGCAGACGACGACGAGGACGAAGACGACCAGUUCUCGGAGGAGGGAGAAGACGGCAAGUUUGGCCCUUCUCCAAGAAAGCUCCCGAAAUCAGAUGAUUCCCUGAACUUCGGGGUGAGCACCUUGGAGGAGAUCCGUCUCAGGAAGGCCCUGAAGGCCAGCAUGAAGAAAGCCGGGUACCCCAUCCAGAGUGCCGAAACUUCCAACGCCAAUGGAGAAGGCCUUUUCCGGCCUUCCGCCUUUGAGUCCAGAGAUGGACCAGUCUUUGAAGGACCUGGUGCAGCAAGAGGCAGCGUGAACGAAAGACUUGGAAGGAAGAUUCCCAGCACUGACGUGAAAAGUGGAGACGGCGUCUGGCUGAAAAGGAGUCUGGCUGAGCGUCUUGGCAGAGUCGUGGAUCCGGAAAGACCGUCGACACCCCCCCAGAAAUCUUUGAAGCCCAUAAAAGAAAGACUCGGAUUAAAGUCUGGUCCUGCUGCACCUGCUCAGUCAGCUGAGACGAGUGCAGCGCCAGACAAAGCUGCUGAGCCCAUUCGCAUCAAAACCCUGGAGGAAAUCAGGCAGGAGAAGGCGGCGAAGUCUCAGAGCCAGAACGACAACUCUUCAAUGGAGACACCAGAAGUUACCGCGUCCAAAUCUGCAGCCACCAGGGGCGUGAAGCGAGCCGCCACUGCGAAAGGUUCGCCCGACGGCCGCCUGAAAACCUUUUCCGAGGCCAUCCGGGCCAAGAAGAAGAGGCAGGAGGAGAAACAGGAGCUGGGCCCCGGCUCUAAAAAGGCCAAGCACACGGCGGCGGAGAACGCUCCGGGCAAGAAUCAGGCGGAGUCGGGUCCCGAGGGCACGAACAAGGGGGAGGUUAGAGUAAAGACCCUGGAGGAGAUUCGCAAAGAGAAAGCAGCAAGGAUCCAGGCUCAGCAGGCCAAGGAGGCUGAAGCCAAGAAAAGCUCCGACACCGAGGAGAACGGCAUCAAGAGGCCUCGUUUACUUCACGUCAAAAAGCCGACCUCCCAAUGUAUCAUCACAACAGAGAAAAGUUCUGAAGUGACAGAGAAGCCACUGAAAACGUCUGCUACUGCGUCGGAGCCGAGCUACAACGUGAAGGUCAAGACCUUUGAAGAGAUCAUGCAGGAGAAACGUCUUCGGAAGCAGGAAAUGGACGAGCAGACCAAGACCUCGGCCGAAGCUGAGCCGUCUCAGAACCGGACCAGCGCCGCCGCCGCUGGCUCCCUGAAGAGGAACGCGGCCGCCUCUAAAAUCAGCCUCGCAUCUCCAGGCUCCCCUUCAUCCACGACUCCCGCCCCGGACUCCACCCAGAACCCCGUCCGUAAACGGGUCCCCCUGAAAGGCAAAGCUGCUUCAUCUCUGAAGAGCACAACUGCUCCCGAUGCCACCGCCGCCGCCGCCUCGUCGACUGUGGGUCCGGACUCUGAGGCCGAGUCCCGGAGCAGCUCGGGGGAGGUCACGGACAGAAACACUAGAAUCUCCAGCACACUGUCGCCGGUGAAGCAGAACAAAACAGCUGCUCCAGGUCCGGACUCGGACGCCCCCCCUGCUGCUAAAACACAGAACAAUAAUCAGAGGAAACCCACAGAACGUACAGCAGACACCAAAGUGAGGCCCAAACUGAAUGUGAAACCCUCUGUCGUGAAACCUGCAGUGCAGGUGAAGCCGGGCCAGAAGAGGAAGGCGGCGGAGCGAUCAGCUGUAGCUGCUGUUAAGCCUCUAAACAGCGCCUCCACAGCGCAGGAGGAGCCACUGCAGGAAACGGUGUUCCCAUCCAUCAGUGCAGAGGCUCACCUGGUCUCCGCGGUGCCUCGUAGUCCCACCACCCUGCAGGACAACGGCUCCAGUCCCCCGAGAGAAGAGCUUCAGACUGUCCCCGACUUCAACGAGAGUCCGGCUCAAGACAAACGAACGGCCGCCAGCACAGUCCCCCAAAGCCCAGUCCGAAAGACUCCCACGCAGCCCAAAUCCAGGAGGCUCAGCGUGGCAGCGUCCCGCGUCGCCUCCACCUCCGCCAUGGACGACUUCGAGGACCUGAUCAACGAGUUCACGGACGACCACCUGGAGGACGACGUGGACCCUGGAAUCGGAGAGGACGUCCUUCUCCGUGAGCUGUCGGAAAUGAUCGACAGUUGAGGAACAGUCGACGGCCAUCGAGACGUUUUCAAAGACGUUUUGUUCUUAAACACCGAUUUUAAUUUUAAAGCUCGUGUUCAUAUUAGCUGUUCUUGACAUUUUAGUCGUCUUCUCUCACAUACCAACUUCUUUCAUUUCCCUUUUUCAUGUGAUCAUCAUCCGAGGACUGUGGAGUCGUUCUGCAGGGCUUUGACUUCCUUUAUCAUGUUUAUUUGUGAUCAGCAACUUUUCAGACCUUGCAAAGAAAAGAAAAAAAAAAAAAUGCUUUCAGGUCUGGUGUUGGAGUUCCCGUUCAGAUUAUCAUCCCUCAGAUUCAGUUAUUUCUGGAUGUAAAUUUGGUAAAUGCAUCAUUUUUGAGAGGAGUUUUAUCUGUAUACUGUGUAUGCAAAGGGAAGAGCAAGCUGAAUAUAGAAAUAAUGAUUACUGCUGCACUUAGCUCGCCCCCCAAACUGUGUUUUUGUUUUUAUCUCUGUGUGGAUGAGGGGGUCGUUUCUCGCCAGUUCCCAGAUUAUGACAUGGAUAUAUAUCAGUUUUAUUUAAACAGUGGCCCCGUAAGAAAAGCUGCGAAUGCGGAUUUGAGAGGAAUUUUCUUUCAAGUUGCUGUUAGGAUCAUUUUAUCCGUCGGAUGUGUGCGCUUUGUUUGUCCACGCGAAUCUAAAUGAGUGCACCUUCUGCCCCUUAGUUGUUUUUAUGUUCGAUUCAAGUGCGUAUUUGUCUUAACCAGGUCUUUCUCUGAGUCGUACUUUAAAACACACGAACUGGUAUAAAGUCUAAGUAAUGUCUGGCCUUUAUUAAUGAACACCUCAGGGAUUGUUUCUGAUGUUUGUACGUUUCUUUAGAAGAUUGAAAGUCACCAUCAUUUCACCAGUGCUGUCUCCAGUUCAUCAACCUUUGCUUUGUCCAUAUUGUUUUCCAAGAUGUUACAGUACAGAGUGACUUGUACAAAUUCCUGUGUAAAUAAAACCGUUUUAAUGAUCA